AUGGCCAGUACUGGUGAAGGAGGUACUGGUGAAGGAGGUACUGGUGAAGGAGGUACUGGUGAAGAAGGUACUGGUGAAGGAGGUACUGGUGAAGAAGGUACUGGUGAAGAAGGUACUGGUGAAGGAGGUACUGGUGAAGAAGGUACUGGUGAAGGAGGUACUGGUGAAGGAGGUACUGGUGAAGGAGGUACUGGUGAAGGAGGUACUGGUGAAGGAGGUACUGAUGAAGAAGGUACUGGUGAAGAAGGUACUGGUGAAGGAGGUACUGAUGAAGAAGGUACUGGUGAAGUAGGUACUGGUGAAGAAGGUACUGAUGAAGAAGGUACUGGUGAAGAAGGUACUGGUGAAGAAGGUACUGGUGAAGAAGGUACUGGUGAAGGAGGUACUGGUGAAGUAGGUACUGGUGAAGAAGGUACUGAUGACGAAGGUACUAGUGAAGGAGGUACUGGUGAAGUAGGUACUGGUGAAGGAAGUACUGGUGAAGGUGAAGACUGA